UUGACAUAAAGAGUCAAGAACCUCUCACAUGACCCCCGUACACACACCCGCACAGGCACCCGCACAGGCACACACACGCGCGCUUUCCCUCCAAGCAUGCCUAACCUGUGCUGACCACAUAGGGUCUGGGAUUUGACCAAGUCUGCGUUUGGCCCAUCAGGGUGAGCACGAGCCUAGGAGAUGGCCGUGAUGGAAGUGGCCUGCCCAGGCACUCCUGGGUCAGUUGUCGGGCAGCAGAAGGAGCUCGCCAAAGCCAAGGAGAAGACACAGUCACUGGGGAAGAAGCAGAGCUGCAUCUUCAAGCUCGAGGCUGUGGAGAAGAGCCCCGUGUUCUGUGGGAAGUGGGAGAUCCUGAACGACGUGAUCACCAAAGGCACAGCCAAGGAAGGCUCUGAGGGCGGCCCACCCGCCAUCUCCAUCAUCGCCCAGGCUGAGUGUGAGAAUAGCCAAGAGUUCAGCCCCACCUUCUCAGAGCGCAUUUUCAUCGCAGGGUCACAGCAGUACAGCCAGUCUGAGAGUCUCGAUCAAAUCCCCAACAAUGUGGCCCACGCAACUGAAGGCAAAAUGGCCCGUGUGUGCCGUAAGGGAAAGCGUCACGGCAAAGCCCGAAAAAAACGUAGGAAGAGGAGGUCGAAGUCACUGGCCCAGACAGAAGUGGCCUUAGCCAAGCCCCUGCCCAGAACCCCUGAGCAAGAGAGCUGUACCAUCCCAGUGCAGGAAGAUGAGUCUCCAGUAAGCAACCUCUAUGCCAGAAAUGUCUCCCAGUUCACCAAGGCUCUGAGGGGACCAAGCCUUGGCCACCUGUGCUUUAAGAAACAAGAUGAAGGCCUGCGACCCAUGCUGCCUCGACCAGAACUCCACAAACUGAUCAGCCCCUUGCAAUGUCUAAACCACGUGUGGAAACUCCACCACCCCCAGGCCACAGGCCCCCUGCCCCACCCCACUCACCCGACCCCCUACAGCGGAAUGCCCCAUCCUUUCCCAUUCUACCCCCUGGAGCCCUGGAGACCCUAUACGCUGGACUCCAUCCUCCUGGACAAACUAGGUGGUGUACACAGCCAGCGGCCUCUGCCUGGCCCGCCACACCUAAGCAAACUGGCCUAUGGAGACACUCAGAAGCCCCUGCCUGGCCCACACCUACAGUCCAGCUGCCCAAACCGGGGUGUCCUAGAAAAGGGUCCUGUGGAGGAGUACCUCGUGCAUGCGUUACAAGGAAGUGUGAGCUCAGGCCAGGCCCACAGCCUGGCCAGCCUGGCUAAGACGUGGUCAUCGGGGGGCUCCAAGCUGCAGAGGCUCAGCCCUGAAACUGAGGACAACGAGGGCGUCCUGCUUACUGAGAAACUCAAACCAGUGGAUUAUGAGUACCGAGAAGAGGUCCACUGGAUGACACGCCAGCCUCGGGUGGGGAGAGGCUCCUUCGGAGAAGUCCACCGGGUAAAGGACAAGCAGACAGGCUUCCAGUGCGCUGUCAAAAAGGUACGGCUCGAGGUGUUUCGGGCAGAGGAACUGGUGGCCUGUGCUGGACUGAGCUCGCCCAGAAUCGUCCCUCUCUAUGGAGCCGUGAGAGAAGGCCCAUGGGUGAACAUCUUUAUGGAGCUUCUAGAAGGUGGCUCUCUAGGCCAGCUCAUAAAGCAAAAGGGCUGCCUGCCAGAAGACCGAGCCCUUUACUACCUGGGUCAGGCCCUGGAGGGGCUGGAAUACCUUCAUGUACGUAGGAUUCUGCAUGGCGAUGUCAAAGCUGACAACGUGCUCCUGUCCAGUGAUGGAAGCCGAGCUGCCCUCUGCGACUUUGGCCAUGCCUUGUGCCUACAACCUGACGGCCUAGGAAAAUCCUUGCUCACAGGGGACUACAUUCCUGGCACGGAGACCCACAUGGCACCGGAAGUGGUCAUGGGAAAGCCUUGCGAUGCCAAGGUGGACAUCUGGAGCAGCUGUUGCAUGAUGCUCCACAUGCUCAAUGGUCGCCACCCCUGGACUCAGUACUUCCGAGGCCCGCUCUGUCUCAAGAUUGCCAGCGAGCCUCCACCUGUCAGGGAGAUCCCGCCUUCCUGUGCGCCCCUCACAGCCCAGGCCAUCCAAGAGGGGCUGAGGAAAGAGCCCAUCCACCGAGCAUCUGCCAUGGAGCUUCGGAGGAAAGUGGGCAGGGCAUUGCAGGAAGUGGGAGGACUGAAAAGCCCUUGGAAAGGAGAAUAUAAAGAACCAAGACCUCCACCCCAAGACCAAACCACCUGCCACCAGACCCUACAUAUCCCACCGAGGGAGAACCCACCAGCCAAGGCCAACACAGACGGGGCCCCCGAGCCUCAGCCUCCUCUACCGCCAGAACCACCAGAACUGAACAAAGCACCAAUCCUGAACCUGAGCAAAGAGGAGUCUGGCACGUGGGAACCUCUGCCUCUGUCUUCCCUGGACCCAGUCCCUGCCAAAGGCCCCAGCUUCCCAGACCGGAGGGCAACCUUCCCGGAGUUGGAGCUGCAGCAGCUGGAGAUAGAACUGUUUCUCAACAGCCUGUCCCAGCCAUUUUCUCUGGAGGAACAGGAACAGAUUCUCUCCUGCCUCAGCAUCGACAGCCUCUCGCUGUCAGACGACAGUGAAAAGAACCCAUCGAAGGCCUCUCAGAGCUCACGUGACACCCUGAGUUCCGGCGUGCACUCUUGGAGCAGCCAAGCAGAGGCAAGAAGCUCCAGCUGCAGCAUGGCCCUGGCCCGGGGGCGGCCUACUGACAUCCCGAGCUACUUCAAUGGUGUCAAGGUCCAGAUACAGUCUCUCAAUGGCGAGCACCUGCACAUUCGGGAAUUCCACCGGGUCAAGGUGGGAGACAUUGCAACCCGAAUCAGCAGCCAGAUCCCAGCCACAGCUUUCAGCUUGGUGACCAAAGAUGGACAGCCUGUUUGCUAUGACAUGGAGGUGCCAGACUCGGGCAUCGACCUGCAGUGCACCCUAGCCCCUGAUGGCAGCUUUGCUUGGACCUGGAGGGUCAAGCAUGGUCAGCUGGAGAGCCGGCCCUAGCCUUGUCUUCUGCCAGCAUCUCCACUCUGGCCACAGCAGACUUCCUUUGAAUCUCAGUACUCGGCGGUGUUCUGAGAUGCUGGAUGAGUCGCUCAGGGACCUGCCAGUCCCUGGUUCAGCACUAAGACCGGGGCUUUCGAGCAGAACAGUGAAGAGCAGAGUAAAGCAUCUCCCAGGACUUGCCUCCUGAGUGCUGCUGGCUCCUGGCAGGAGAAACUCUUCCCUCAUGAGGAGACAAGGAGGAAGACAGGAGUCUCAUCCCCCAGAGAGAGAGCCAGUGCUCUCUGUGAUGUUCCAAACAAGGUAGCCAGACCCAUGUGGAUCAGUCAGCCCUUGCCAGUGGUUGGGGGAGCAGCUUCUAGCCUGGGUCACGAAGAGCAGGUACCCCUAGGAAGGGAGGAGAGUGUCUAGGGGUUCCUGCCCAGCUCCUAUAGGGCAAGGCAGUAGGUGUGCCUGCCCAGGUGCUGUGGCCUCUCUGGCUUUGACUAGUAUGAGACGGAAGGGGCAGGAAGGACACUAGAAUGCACCGAGCCUUCGGGUUAUUGCAGCCCAGGUUCUGAGUUGAGCUCCUUGAUCAACCAAGGAUGGUGGAAGAUGCUGAAGAGAAGGGAUUCCCGGCCUCAUGUUUGCGGCUGCUGGACAGCACUCCUCAGAGCAUCAGCCCCGCUGGCUCCCUGACACUCUAGACCCUCCUCUGUGGAAAUGAAGGAUGACAGGAGACCCACCUGACAGGGAUGGUCUACAAAUGAUAGAUGCUCAAGAAAGCCACAGAAGCAGGGCUUGCCACCCUCUGGGGCACACAAGUAUCCAGCAUGCCAGCUUCAUGGUGGCAAGACACUGCCAGCAGCACUUUGACCUCAAAGCACUUUCCUGGCAAUCUUCCAGCAGAGCACUGGCUCUGCAUGGUCACAAGCAGGCCAGGGGAUGGGGGAGGGACUGUCUUGACCCAUCAUCCACACAGGCUUGACCCCCUCAAGCUUCUUUGAGAUUUAAAAUGAGCAUCCCCACCUCCAUCACCCUAGCUGGGGCCUCUCCUGGUGGGACUUGGAAAUAGCUGCUUAGGACUCAACUGUAGCAUUAAGUUAACUGUGAAUCAUUGUGGGAGGGGCACAGAGACUUCUCCUCUGGAGCAGCUCAUCCCCUGACCCCAACCAGCCAGGAUAGCUUCUGUCCAGCUGUUUGCAAGGAUCUAGGCUGCUCCUGGCUCCAGCACAUUGGACUAUAGCCUUGGUGCUGCAUGUGGGGGUGUACUAAGCUCUGUAAGCAAUAAAAUUUGGAAUGCAGAUGGA